AUGUCCCAGCUCCCAACCGAUUUUGCCUCAUUGAUCAAAAGAUUUCAGUUUGUUAGCGUCCUAGACUCUAACCCGCAAACCAAAGUCAUGUCCUUAUUGGGGACUAUCGACAAUAAGGACGCAAUCAUCACCGCCGAAAAGACGCACUUUCUGUUCGACGAAACGGUAAGAAGACCCUCCCAAGACGGUCGUUCUACCCCGGUCUUGUACAACUGCGAAAACGAAUAUUCCUGUAUUAGCGGGAUCCAGGAACUGAAGGAAAUCACCUCUAAUGACAUAUACUACUGGGGGCUGUCUGUGAUAAAGCAGGACAUGCAAUCCAACCCCACCGCCAAGCUGAACUUGAUUUGGCCCGCAACGCCAAUUCAUAUUAAGAAAUAUGAACAGCAGAACUUCCACUUGGUCAGAGAAACUCCUGAAAUGUAUAAGAGAAUCGUCCAGCCUUACAUCGAAGAGAUGUGUAACAACGGUAGACUUAAAUGGGUCAACAACAUUCUUUAUGAAGGUGCCGAGGCAGAAAGAGUCGUUUACAAAGAUUUUUCCGAAGAGAAUAAAGACGAUGGAUUCCUAAUUUUGCCUGAUAUGAAAUGGGACGGUAUGAACCUGGACUCUUUGUACUUGGUUGCCAUCGUUUAUAGAACUGACAUCAAGACAAUAAGAGAUUUGAGACACUGUGACAAGGAAUGGUUAAUCAACCUAAAUAACAAGAUCAGAUCCAUUGUUCCUGGUUGUUAUAACUACGCAGUCCAUCCUGAUGAGUUGAGAAUAUUGAUUCACUACCAACCCUCUUAUUAUCAUUUCCACAUUCACAUUGUUAACAUAAAGCAUCCAGGUCUGGGUAACAGCAUUGCUGCCGGCAAAGCUAUUUUGUUGGAGGAUAUCAUCGAAAUGUUGAAUUAUUUAGGUCCCGAAGGUUACAUGAACAAGACAAUCACCUAUGCUAUUGGUGAGAACCACGAUUUAUGGAAAAGAGGUUUGGAGGAAGAACUUACCAAACAAUUGGAAAGAGACGGUAUCCCAAAAAUACCUAAGAUUAUGAACGGUUUUAAGUAA